AUGUAUUUCAAUUCAAGUGCAAAAAUUCGACCGGCGGUUAUGGUCGGCCUUUACGAAAUGGAAGCUGUUACUGCUGCCUUCAACGAAAUUGCUGCUGGAAAGCAAGAGCUUAAGGACCUUAAGAUUGUCUCUGUUAAGGACAUCAAGGCUGAGGGAACAAGUGUUCUCGUUCUUACAGUCCCAUACAAGCAAAUCAAUGCUUUCCACAACGCCCAGGCUCAAUUCCUCCCAGAUCUUGAAAAGAAGCUCAACGCUCAGGUUUGCAUUGUCGGCCAGCACCGCGCCUUCCCAAAGACACCAGAACAUGGACGUAGAUUCAAGGCUAUCCGUAACUACGGCCGUACCCUCCGUUCCGUCAAUGAUGCCAUCCUUGACGAUCUUGUCUUCCCAACAGCUAUCGUUGGAAAGCGUAUCCACUAUGAUGUCUCUGGCAAGCAACAAACAAGAGUUAUCCUUGACAAGCAUGAUGCUACACGCGUUGAGGAACGCCUUAACGGUUUCGGUGCUGCUUACAACCGCCUUACAGGCCUCAACACAGUCUUCGAAGUUGCUCAGAACUAA